AUGGCCGGGCUGGAGUUGUCCCCUGUGCCCAGCAACUGGCUGCUGGUGCUGCUGAUGCUUCUCUCAGGUGAGACCGCCUUCGCAAACAAAACAGUGGACCAGGCCCUGAUUUACAAAGGAGGCUCUUGUUCCAGUAUCUGGCAGUCCCCACGUUUCGUGGCCAAGAAACGAGGUGCCGUGGUGAAAAUAAACUGCAACAUGGAGAUCAAGGGCAGCGUGAGCUGGCUAUGGAAGCAGGACAUGAACUCAGAGGCCAAGGAGCUGGCUCCGGAACAGGACCGCAUCCUGCAGACCCACACCUCUUCAAAUGCCACCCUCAUCAUUCAAGGCAUCCAGUUUCAGGACAACGGCAUCUACUUCUGUCAGCAAAAGUGCAGGAAUGGGGACACUGAUCAGAGCUGCGGCACUGAACUUCGAGUCCUGGGGUUCAGCACCUUGGCCCAGCUGAAGCGACGGAAUGCGCUGAAAGAUGGCAUCAUUAUGAUCCAGACCACACUCAUCAUCCUCUUCAUCACUGUGCCCAUCUUCUUGCUGCUGGACAAGGAUGACAGUAAGCCUGGGAUGGAGGAAGACCACACCUACGAGGGCCUGAACAUUGACCAGACAGCCACCUACGAGGACAUAGUGACCCUGCGGACAGGGGAGGUGAAGUGGUCGGUGGGUGAGCACCCAGGCCAGGAGUGA